GAGAUGAGUGAUUAUUGAACAAUUCACUGCACACCGCACAGACCAUGAUGCGUCUCCACUGGUUCGCUCCCCAGUGUAGACGCCUGCUGAAUUACUAAGCCCUGCUGACAGAGAGUUCAAAGAGCAAAAACAGACUUGUGCUGCUGUUCGCUGUACCACAAUAAAUUGUAGUAAACAUUCGCUUUCUGCCGAUGUAAUGAAAACCAUGAAAUCCGAACGUAUGAAUCACAUCGCGCUAUUAAAAACGCAUUCCAUAGCCUACGCACAAGUGCCACAGAUAGUAAUUGCUCCAUCGGGACCGCACAAUCCGAGCGCAUACCGGAUCUCCUUUGUACUAUGGAACGCGAUGAGUUUUUAGGUGUACUGCCGGAAGAUCAUAGGCAGUAACAAGACAACAGGAACAACAACCGAUUACCAAAAAUGGACAGCAGGGAAUUCCGACGGCGUGGCACGGAAAUGGUCGAGUACAUCUGUAAUUAUUUAGAAACGUUGGAACAGCGACGAGUGACGCCCAGUGUAGAACCGGGCUACCUGCGGCACCUGCUGCCUGACGAAGCACCCGAGAAUCCGGAACCGUGGGAAAAGAUAAUGCAGGACGUGGAGAGUAAAAUUAUGCCCGGUGUUACACACUGGCAGCAUCCGCGGUUUCACGCGUACUUUCCGUCGGGCAAUUCGUUUCCCUCCAUCCUCGGCGAUAUGUUGAGCGACGGAAUUGGCUGCAUUGGAUUCUCUUGGGCUGCCAGUCCGGCGUGUACCGAGCUGGAGACGAUCGUACUGGAUUGGCUGGGCAAAGCGAUUGGCCUUCCGGAUCAGUUUCUGGCACUAAAGCCGGGUAGCAAAGGCGGUGGUGUAAUUCAGACCUCCGCUUCGGAGUGCGUGCUGGUGACCCUGCUGGCAGCCAGAGCACAGGCCAUCAAGUAUCUCAAACAGCAGCAUCCCUUCGUGGAGGAGGGCCAUCUGCUGUCUAAGUUAAUGGCCUACUGCUCGAAGGAAGCGCACAGCUGCGUGGAGAAAGCUGCCAUGAUCAGUUUUGUUAAACUGCGAAUCCUGGAACCGGAUGAGCAUUGCUCGCUUAGGGCGGAUACGCUGAUCAAGGCCAUGGAGGAGGACGAACAACAAGGGCUCAUUCCAUUUUUUGUAUCCACAACACUGGGAACUACAGGAUCUUGUGCGUUUGAUAAUAUUGCCGAAAUUGGGGAAGCGCUGCAGCGGUUUCCAAGCGUCUGGCUGCAUGUCGAUGCUGCUUAUGCUGGAAAUGCCUUCAUCUGUCCCGAACUUAAAUAUUUACUAAAAGGAAUCGAUUUCGCCGACUCGUUCAACACCAAUCCCAACAAGUGGUUGUUGACUAACUUUGACUGUUCGACAUUGUGGGUUCGUGACAAGAUUCGACUAACGUCUGCCCUGGUGGUUGAUCCACUAUAUUUGAAGCAUGGAUAUUCGGACUCCGCAAUUGAUUACCGUCAUUGGGGUGUCCCACUAAGCCGGCGAUUUCGAUCGCUAAAGCUGUGGUUCGUGCUACGCAGUUACGGUAUAGUUGGUUUGCAAAACUAUAUUCGACAUCAUAUUGAUUUGGCUAAACGUUUCGAAAAGCUGGUACUGAAGGAUAGUCGUUUCGAGGUAUGUAACGAGGUUAAACUAGGGCUGGUUUGCUUCAGACUCAAGGGGUCCGAUCGGUUGAACGAGAAGCUGCUCAGCGCUAUUAACGCUUCUGCAAAGAUUCAUAUGGUUCCGGCCUCGGUCAACGAGCGGUACGUGAUUAGAUUUUGUGCUGUGGCUCAAAACGCGUCGGUUGAAGAUAUUGAUUACGCUUGGGAUGUGAUCACCGAUUUUGCUGCCGAGAUUCUCGAGAAGGAGCAGGCGGAUGAAGUAUCCGAGAUCGUUGAUAGGCGCAAGACUCAUACAUUAGCUCAGAAACGAUCGUUCUUCGUGCGUAUGGUCAGCGAUCCAAAGAUUUACAAUCCGGCCAUUAAUAAGGCCCAAACACCACGAAUAUCUAAUGAAUUAACAUCUCCUUCUACGGAUGGUACGAUUGUGACUGUAAAUUCACCAAAAACUCCAGGAUCCGCUUCUUGGAUUAGCUGGCCUUUAGCGUUCCUGUUUGCUAAUUCCGACGACGGACCGAAAAACGAUAUGCCAUUGAGAUUCCGUCAUUUGGAUACAAUGGUGCGAUUAUCCGCUUCACGCAGAAACUCAGCUGCCGGUGGAGGAUCUUCACCCUCACCAGAGGGUGAAAACGGUGUUGUAUUGAUUAAAUCCCCCAAGCGUUCCCCAAUAAUGGUAAGAAGACGCGGCACUUCGCCAGCAUCUGGGACAGGAAACGGUGCUUCUAAUUAAAUGCAUGCAUUAGACCCUAUGUGGACCUAUCUAACUUCAAUUGUCGCGCAUCGAAGGAAGAGAAACGAAGGCCAUACAUUAACAGUCCAACCGAAUUCAUUAGACAAUACAGCGGAUUUCAGAUGUUUGCAAACACACUGUAGGUAUAUGUAUCAUAAAUCGUACCCCGAUCGAGCAAAUUCAGAGCUAUGACUGUAUAAAAAGGCACGUUCGCAUGAGCGACCGCAGGGUACGGAAACUGACCUAAAUAUAGCCCAUCUUGCAUUGUUGGAAGUAUAUUAAAAUUACUUAUUCUCGCCUCUUCAUCUUGCUCUCAAUCAGUAACUAGUUGCAGCCAUACACACAGCAAAAUAAACAAAUACCAUAGAGUUGAAGUUAAGAAUCCGUAGGAAGUAAUGAAGGAAA